CCCCAUGGCCUUCCUUUGUAGUGUUGUAGCCUUAAGGCAAGGGAUGAGGAACAUUUGUCUCUUCAUGUGUUGUUGGGCUGCAACUCCCAUCAUCCCUCACCAUUGGUUCAUUUCCUAUACCUGCAUAAGACCCAAGCCGAAUGCAAGACAGAGCUCUGAUAUGAAGGAUUAGUUGUCUUCUGGCUAUGAGCAUUUGCCAUACUUCUGCUUCCUAGGAAGGAAAGGGCUGCCAGCUGAAUGAGGAACCCUACUUGCUAAAAAUCUGUCACAACUCUCCUUCAUAAUGAAACAUUUAUCCUGAGAUCUAUUAUACACUUCCCUACAUUCAUGUUGGAACAGAACUAAGAUACAUUCACUGCUUUUUAUCUGAGACCCUCCAAUGAAUUCAGGUUUCAAAUAUUUGAGCAUCAACCAGGUUACAUUUAUCCAACUGCAAUGAAGGUUCUGCUGGUUUUUGAUUUUGACCAUACAAUUGUAGAUGAAAAUAGUGAUACCUGGAUUGUGAAAUGUGCACCUGGUUCAGUGCUUCCUGAUGAAAUAAAAAACUCCUAUGAAAAAGGACAUUGGACAGAAUAUAUGGGCAGAGUCCUCAGAUACUUGGGGGACAAUGGAGUAAGAGAAGAGGAGAUGAAAAGGACUAUGACAGCUAUCCCUUUCACUGCAGGAAUGAAAGAUCUCCUCGAUUUUAUUGACAAACACAAAGGUUUUUUUGACUGCAUAAUUAUAUCAGAUUCUAAUGCAAUAUUUAUUGAUUGGAUUUUAAAAGCUGCUAAUGUCUGUCACUUAUUUGAUGAAGUGUUUACAAAUCCCGCAAGUUUUGAUGGCUGUGGCUAUCUUACUGUACAGAAUUGUCAUGCUCAUGAUUGCACAAAGUGCCCCAUAAACCUCUGCAAGAGGAAAGUUUUAGAAGAAUUCUUAGAAAACCAUUUAAAGCCAAGAGUGAAAUACUCAAAAACUAUUUAUAUAGGUGAUGGUGGGAACGAUCUCUGCCCGGUAAUGUGUUUAAAAAACAGUGAUGUUGUUAUGCCAAGGCAUGGGUAUAUGUUGGAGAAAAUGAUUUCUAAAUUGUCUCAGAAUCUUGCUCCAGUGGAAGCAUCAGUUGUCAUCUGGUCAUCUGGUAUUGAAAUACUGGACUAUUUAGAAUUACUUAUAAAAGGAUAGCUCGAAUACCGAUGAAUAAUAAUAAAUUGGUUCUACCUUGAUCUUUUCAUGGUAGGACCAUUUCUCUAUGAAUGUUAGAAAAAUAAUGUUUUGUUUACACCACUUUAAUUCAUUGUCUUCCAUUAUGCAAUGAGGGGGAUGGGAUAGAAGAGAGGUAUCCCCGAGAAAGGGGAGGAAUACAUAAUUGAAUGAAGCAGAUGCCAAAGUCAUUGUUAAAUAUAGUUGCCAUGUAACAUCUGUGUUGCAUUAGAUAAAGUAUCAGUAGCAUCUGUUUUAUGAUACAUGAAAGUAGUUUUCCUCUAUUAAAAGGACAAGGAAAUAUGGGUAGCUGGUUUCCAGAACAAUAGUGGAACAUCCUUUUCUAGAGUUGAAAACGUUGCUCCAAGUCCUUCUGCAAGGAAGUGAAAGCCACUGAUGGGUGGUAGAAAUGUCGCAAGAGCUAAACCCAAGAUUGCACCUUUGUUUCCCAAUGCUACUUUUAGCAGCAGUAGUUUUGCAUCCACAUAAGAUAAUGUGAUUUUGCUCUGUUGCUCUGUUGGUUGCUCUUAUAACAGGUGUAGUUUUGGCUUUUAACUCUUCUCAGUGUCUCUCCACUAAGAACCUCUUGGACCUUUAUACCCCAGCUCCUACUUACAAGAGAUCUAAAGCUCCCCACUAUAUUUGAGUAUAGCCCAGUUCUAUAAUUUAUUGAGGGCAUUCGCUUCCAUAUGUCACAAAAGCAAUCUAGACAUUUGGGCUAAUUGUGUGGCAAAAUGUUUCUUGUGCACCUCAAUACAACAUGGCAGCUACCCUUCCUCUUCCUAUUUAAUAAAAAUACUUUUCUCCAUUUACUAGCAUUAUUUAGUAUCAAUAUCAGAUUGGUUAGAGAGUGAAAGGUCAUAUAGAAGACAGGCAGCAUCAGUUCUGAAGGUUAUUUCAAAAUCUGGCUUCACUUAUUCAUGCAGUGCAAAUGUACCCUUAAGAAUUUAAAAGGGAAGAGGCAAUAGAGAUGUACUCUUUGUUACAAGUAGUAGAGCAUUUGACAUUUUUGCAGCCUGAUUCUAUGUGUGUUUAUUUGGAAGUAAUUCCUACUUAAAUUCAAUAGAGCUUAACCCCAUGAAAGAGUGCACAGGACUGCAGCCAUAAAACUAAAAUUAGGAUUUUGCUGAAAUGAUUGCCCUGUGUAUAACAUUAGAAGGUGGAAUGUCAGUGACACCAAUCUGAUUUUGAUGCCUCUUGCUGCAGUCUUCUGUGUACUGAAGCACCCCCAUUUGUGAUUUUUUGCUAAUACUUGUGAGGAUAUCACCCAGGAGUAUGUUAUCCAAGUUCCUAUGAUUUAGGAAAAAUGGCAUAUAUUGAUAAGCAGUAUUGUGUUGAUCUUUUUAUCCUAUUGUGAAAGGUGAUUGUGUUAAAAUGUUUUGCUUAAUAUGUGGAAAUCCAUAUUUGGUGGGUGUUUUUUUUUUAGUUUUUAAAGGAUAUGUAUCUUUUGAAAGUAUGAAUAAGGGAGAGUAAGGAGCCAAAACUAGAUAGUUGCUAGCUGGCUUCCAGAUCCCAGUAAUUUUAUGGCGAUCUUUCCCUUGAAAAAAUUAUUUGGCAAUCUGCUGAAAUUUAAAUACUGAGGUUAAAGGGCUUGGUACACUGAACAAUGGAUUUGCUUGGAGAUCCACCUUACACUCAGUUGUUAUUGGAAUACAAUGUGCCUACUGCAACAUUUGGAGUCUGUAUAUUGUUUAAAAUAACAAAGAUAUAAAUUUAAUUUAUCUCGUUUGUAGUUUUGUAUUUAAGGAUCCAUGCUGACAUAAAGAAUAGUUAAUUAAAUAU